GAAAUAUAUCUUUAACUCACUCAAAAAUAACAAGAGUGCAGCUUUUAUCCUUCUCUCACUCAGCACAGAGACGUCAAGCAUCCACUCUGUUAAUCACAGCGGGGAGUCAGGACUGAAGCUACAGCACGAGCAUUUGGAGUCUGACGUUUUCCCUCCCAUCUUUACCAGCUAAGAGGAUCCACGCCAAACAAAGAGAUGAAGUUCUUGUUCCAUCUCACAUUGGUGCUCUCAGUCCUCCUGACUUCAGCUCUCAAGACCCUUGAUUCAGACCAGGAGCUGCAGGACAGCGGCUUCGGCCAACCGCCGCCUCGCCACGGUCUCAAACUGCUGGUGUGGUACGUUCAGGACUGCCUGGAUAACAACAUGGUGGCGCUGUGUGACCCCACCAAAGGACAGUUUGGAUUUCACAAAUACUGGAACAGCCAGCAUGUGCUUCCAGUAAUCAGAGACACUCGCCAGUACAGCUAUUACACCAUCGGAAACCUCAACUCCCCCCACGCCAAAGACCUGCCGUAUGAGGUCAGGAAAUACUACAACAGGAAGGAUCGUAUGAGUAACAUGGACAGAGUCCUGGUCAAAUACAACAACAAUAACAGACAUAUAGAGGAGAUCUAUGCCUCGGCUCAUUAUGAUCCCUCACAGACCUACCAGAUUGGACCCAAUCUCCUCGCCUCUCUCCGACGGCAGAUGGCUUUCGUUAGCAUAGAAAUGUGAUGCUCUCUGAUGCUCAGUCUCUCUGUGACUUCUUUGACAGAAAGAAUUCUAACUUUUUAUAAAAUAAUAAUUAUUGCUGACAUGUUCCAUCGCUGCCUGUAUCUGUAGUCUGAAUGAGAAAAAAGUAACAUGGUUCUGAGAUUGUAAUGAGGAAAGUUUGACCUGUCUUGUUCCCCUGGUGAGCCUGCUUUGUGAAUAUAGAUUUAUGUUUAUAGGUUUUAUGUCUUUGGGAAGCUUUCAAGAGAGUUUCUACUGUUGAACAAUAAAGUGACUGUACAAA